AUGGCCAUGACCCAGACGGACCUCGUUGUAGGAAUACCGACGAUCAGAAGAGCGAAGCACAAUUAUCUACUGAAGACUCUGGAAUCUCUUCUCGUAACUUUAGAAAACGAUGAAUCGGGCUCGUUGCUGAUCGUAGUGCUGGUUGGUGACCUGGACAGGACUAAAGCCCAGAUAACGAUAGAAGAGGUACAAGGAAGGUUCGGGGCAUUCCUCGAUACUGGGGUGUUGGAGAUCAUCCAGGCGCCUCCGGAAUCUUACUUCCCGGAUUUGCACGACCUCAAGGACCGCUUUGGUGAUUCCAAGGAGCGUACCUAUUGGCGGUCAAAGCAGUGUUUGGACUUCGCAUUGCUGAUGGAAUAUAGUCGGACGAGAGGAACGUAUUACUUACAGCUCGAGGAUGACGUGAUCACAACGGAGGGCUGGUUCAAGUAUAUCAUGUACUACGUCACCACCAGGAGGCGUGAAUUCUUUAUGAUUCAUUUUUCUCGCCUUGGCUUCAUUGGCAAGCUGUUCCCUUCAACCGUGCUGAAGGGUCUGGUGCAACUUUUCACACUAUACUUUGACGAGGCGCCGGUUGAUAUUCUGCUGCCAGCUUACGGCAAAAGACAAAAGGAAGAAACUCUGAAAACGACGAACACCAUUUUCCAGCAUAUCGGGCUCGAUUCGUCACUCGAGGGCAAAACACAACCACUUCAGGAUCACGGGUUUACGGCGGCGAAAAAGGCCCUUCAGAACGCGCAGUUGGAAGUGGAACGCAGACAGAUGAGUGGCAAAGGCGGCACCGACAGUUUAGCAGCGCGAAUGGAGGAGAUGAAGGAGCGCAGAGAGAAUCGUAAGCGACUGCCAGUGCCAGGUGUACCGGCUGGAGGCUGA